AUGGGCUGCGGCGGUAGCAGGGCAGAUGCCAUCGAGCCCCGCUACUACGAGAGCUGGACCCGGGAGACCGAGUCCACCUGGCUCACCUACACCGACUCGGAUGCGCUGCCCAGCGCCGCCGCCCCGGACAGCGCUCCCGAGGCGGGAGGCCUGCACGCGGGUGUGCUGGAAGAUGGACCGUCCUCCAACGGCGUACUCCGAUCUGCCGUCCCAGGGGGAAUAGCCAACCCAGAGAAGAAGAUGACCUGUGGGACACAGUGUCCCAACUCCCAGAGCCUCAGCUCAGGCCCCCUGACUCAGAAACAGAAUGGCCUUUGGACCACAGAGGCUAAAAGGGAUGCCAAGAGAAUGUCUGCAAAAGAAGUCACUAUUAACGUUACAGAGAAUAUCCGACAGAUGGACAGAAGUAAAAGAAUCCCAAAGAACUGCAUCGACUAG